GUUGAUAUAAUAAUUAGAUCAUUAUCUAGAUGUACACAGUAAAACGUAAUAAAACGUGAUACGUUUCCUUUUAACAGUUUUAUUGUGGAAACUUGUUCUUGUUAUACCUUUUAUAAUGUCAGGUAGAAGAGAUAGAUCACGGUCACCGAAUAGGAUAAAUUAUAAUGGUCGCAACAAAGAUAGUAAUCAAGAUGCAAAAAAUGUAGAUAUGUCGAACGUUAUGAAUCCCAUGAUGAUGCCAAAUAUGUAUACCCAAGGUAACAUGAUGAUGGGUGGAAUGUUCAAUAUGAUGAUGCCUAAUGCCAUGAUGGCGGGUGGCAUGAUGCCCACAACUGGAAUGGAAAUGAUGACAAAUGCAGGAAUGGAAAUUAUGCCCCAGCAAACUAUGGAUAUGCAGGCUAUUGCAACACCAGCCAUUAGUAACACAGCCGCAAAUAUGGAUAUGAGCAUGAUGGGUGGAGUGAUGAUGGACCCCACUAUGAUGGCCAUGUAUCCUAACAUGGGUCCAGAAACUAUGCAGGAAAAGAAAGAAAUUACAUUCAAACAUUGCAAGUUAACACCACCUGAGCCUGGUGCUCCACAACCACCUAAGAGAGGUCGACCUCCAGGGUGCCGAACAAUCUUUGUUGGUGGGCUACCUGACAAAAUACGCGAAAGCACAGUAAGAGAUAUAUUUGAACGCUACGGUAGAAUCCAGAUAUUGCGUUUGUCAAAGAAAAACUUUUGCCACAUUCGUUUUGAUAGGGAAAGUUGUGUGGAUGCAGCAAUGGUGAUAUCUGGUUAUCGCAUCAAGUUAUUGAGUAAAGAUAAAGAUGACAAAGAAGAUGAUGAUGAUUCUCAUGCAACAAAUGGGUGGCUGCAUGUUGAUUAUGCAUUGAGUCGAGAUGAUCAGAAUGAAUAUGAAAGACGUCAGCGUCAGGCUCUAAGGAUGCAGCAACAGCAAAUGCAGCAGCUGACGGCGCAACAAGAGGCAAUUGCUAAUAGUCAUUCUAUAAACUACCCUCGAUCACCAUCGCCACUGAGGAUACAACCAUUUUCAAACGCAGCUAUAGUGCAAUUGGCAGAGAAAAUUAAAAGUGAAGAACAGUUUUCUGCAACUUUACCUACACUAGUCUCUUGGCUGGAACGCGGUGAAUGCUCCAAGAAAAAUUCAAACCAGUUCUACUCAAUGUUGCAAGCUACGAAUUCGCAUAUUCGUCGGCUCUUCAAUGAGAAAAUGCAAGCUGAAGAAGAACUUACUGAAUGUAAAGAAAGGGUUAAGAAUCAUAUACAACUUGUCAUCGAACAACUCGAACAGGUGGCGAAAGUGUUUAACGCGGCCACUCACCAGCGCGUGUGGGACCAUUUCACGAAACCACAGCGUAAAAACAUCGAGACAUGGCAAAAAAUGACACAGGAAUUUCAUGCUCUUAAAGAGGAAUUUAAUGAAAAAUUCUAUGGAGAAGAACAUGAAUACAACGGAUAUUCAAACAGAAGUUUAUAUCCUGACAUUAACAAUGAAGAAAUACAGCAACUUAAGAAAGAAAACGAAAGCCUGCAGUUCCAACUAGAAGCAUACAAAAAUGAAGUAGAUGUAAUAAAAGCUGAUGCACAAAAAGAAAUGGAGAAGUUUAAAGCACAAUUCAUUGCGAGACAAGCUUUGAAAGGAACCUUUGCUGAGAAAAAUCCACCCUUACCAUCGCCUGUUGUAAAACCGCCUCCUCCGCCGCCGCUACCUGAAGAGGUUGAAGCUAAAGUCAAACCUGAUGUCGGUGCAGUGUGCGGUGAAGCGAAACUUAUUGGUGUUAUGUCGGCGUUUUUGCAGGUACAUCCACAAGGCGCGAGUCUAGACUACGUAGUAUCGUACGUACGAGCGAUGUUCCCGCAAAUAUCUCAAGCGACGAUACACAACGUUCUUCAGAAGUUUGUAGAAGUUUUCCAAAAAACUACAAGCGGGGUUGGCGCGAAUAUCGAACAUAGAUGGAAGUUUGUAGCUUUUGAGGAUUGAAUAUAUCGAGAAAAGACGUCUUUAAUAUCAUGUUUAGCUUUAAGAUGCCGAUCAAUUUAGGUUAUUGGAAUAAAUAUCGUGACUGUA